AAGCGAUUACUUCACUAAUAUGACUGCAUUAGACUGCAGUGAGUAUGUAGUAUAUUUAAGUAGCUCCAGUUUCUUAGAGCAAGCGUAAGAGGCCAAAGACGUCUAACGUAAGCUGAUCUUUAAUGUAAAACCUCAGCUUUGCUGCAGCCACUGUUGUCUGCACUGGUUGCUUUUCCAUGCACUAAUGGCAGACAGACAGAGUGAUGGCCCAGAGGAACAGAGAAAGCUCCUCUGGGUGCUUCCUCUGCUGCAGGAUGUGGUUGGAAAACCACACAAACGAGAUAAAAAAGUCAGGUUUGUUAAAGGUCACCAGCAGCCAAUUCUUAUCCCUUCUCACUCUGGCUUUCCCUUAUUGGCUGCUAGUGGUAAUCAUGACCUUUUCUCCACUCCCCCCGCCCCUCUCUCACACACACACACACAUAUAAAAUGAAGACAUUGACAGACACACACCAGUGCAUCCACACAUUCAGCCCCACACACAUGCAAACAAAUUCACACUAUCCUCCAGUCAAUGAUGAGGUAUCUCUUUUGCAGGGGGAGCGAGGCAGAGACGGGGAUCUGGGGAGUCCCGGCGUGCCGGGCGAAGUGGGACCCAGGGGAUGGAAAGGAGAGAAAGGAGUGACAGGUGAUACGGGCCCCAGAGGACCCGAUGGAAAGAAGGGCGACAUGGGCCACAUGGGUGUCAUUGGUCCCAGGGGAUUUCCCGGACAGGAGGGGUCGCCAGGCCAACCGGGCCAACCGGGCCAACCGGGAUAUCCUGGCAAACCUGGUAAGCCUCCCUCAGACGAACAUCUCGUAAAGCUCUGCACUGAUGUUCUGCGUAACCAGCUGCCAGCAUUGCUACAGAGCCUGACUCCUCACUCUCCGUGUGAACCCUGCCAGGGUGUGAAGGGUCCUCCAGGUGAGCCGGGAGCACCGGGACCCAAAGGCUCCAUGGGAACUCCAGGCUACCCUGGCAGGAAUGGCGCUCCUGGUUACCCAGGACCUCCUGGAAUACAGGGCCCCGCAGGCCUCAAAGGUGACAUGGGACCCAGAGGGUUGAAAGGCAGAAAAGGAGAUGGAGACCAGGGACCACCAGGACCACCUGGACUGCAAGGGAUUCAGGGUCCUCGUGGCUUUGAUGGGAUUGGCCAGCCGGGCAACCAGGGAAUCCCAGGCAAACCGGGUCCGCCGGGAGAUCCUGGCAAAAGGGGUAGUCCAGGACUUCCAGGGGUUUGUGACAUCUCUAUGUGCUAUCAGACCUACAAUCUCAGGGAACACUACAGCAAAGGACCACACAUCUGAUGACGUGGGAGUGAGAGAGGUUGCUUUUGACUUUAAGACAGAGAUAUCUGCAGCCAAGGCAGUUGUAACCUCAUGAGCUGGUAUGAACAGAGAUAUGGAGGGCAUUGAUUCAUGAUCACUGAAUAUGAUCAAAGAGGGUCAAGCUGGCUAGCGUCCGAGAUACUUUAAACUUCUGAAGUUUAAAUAGUGAAUUCUAAAUCCUGAUUGAGUCAGACGAACACAAAGAGCUGCAACUGAGUCGCAUUGUUUUUGUCAGUGUAAGAGGCAAGAAGGCCAGGAAUCUGAAUAAUAAUAAAUAUGUCUACCUCCUCGUUUACCUGAAUUACUGUUUAAGUUAAUGAUACAGAAGGCAAAUAUGAUUAAUACCCUCAAUAAAUAUGUAUAACAUGUAUUAAUUAAAUCGUGGGCUAAUGUGAGAAAAGCACAAUUACUAUAAACUGCAUAUUAAAAUAUUAAAGAAAUAGAAAAGAAUCAGUUCGUAUGCUGUGCUUGGAAACCUCUGCUUUUCUACUGAGGAUGA